AUUUACCAGGACCUAUUUACUGUAAUACUGGUGUAGUACUACUACUUCCUCUACUACGCAGUGUAUUUCCAUGUACUCCGUUGCCUUUGUCCUCAGUGACUGUGUGUAAAAAAAAAGAAACAGUUUUCAUUGAAGACAGCCUAAACGGCCAGAUAUCUCAGUUCAAUGCCACCAAAGAGAAACUGUGCGAUAAGUUCAUCUCAACCCCAAGUGAAGAUGAUAAAAAUCGGCAGUGAUCCAGAUGAGCAGAUAUUUCCCUCUGGAUCGAUGGAGGAUCGGUUCGGGAUAGAAGAGGAGUCCAGUCCUUCUCCUCUUCCCAAGAACGAGCAUGAACCCAUUGACUUUGAUGAAGAAAACCUCUCUACCACCGGCAUCAGAACCGACACCAUCAGCCUUCUGAUGAAAAUAGACCAACUUCAGGCCCAACUUAAAUACGAACGAAGAUGCAGGAUUUUGGCUGAGAGAGAGCUCAGAGAACUCAGAGAGAUGAACACCCUCAUGAUGCAGAUGAGACACAUGACGCAUGAAUUACGAGUCACUCUAGAUCAAGUUCUCCAUGGAGGCGAGCCACCCGUUACACCACAAAACCCAGAUGAAACCCUGACGUUCCUGCCGGGGCCUGAAGUUCAGAUGAGAACAGUUGAUAGUAUCCCUGAGGAUGAGUUGAAUUUUUGUUAUCUGGCUGAAAAUCUCCGGGUGCCAAAACACCUCUAUGAGCGCGUUGCCGAAAUAGGCGACUACAAGAAGUACAUUUCAGCUCUCCUGAUGAUACUUUUUGACAGAGACACUUUAGCCACACACUGUCUGCUGGGCAGGAAGAACACCACAGGAGAGGAUAGCCACAAGCCUCCUCUUCCACCUGAGAUUUUAAAAGGCCUCAUGGAUCAUGUUGCAGAAAAGUUUGGCGUCGACAGCACCCAAAUAAAAAACGCCAUUCGCACAAAGUUAAACAACGAAGACAAGCUGAUGAAGAAGAGGCUGGGGUUAAACCGAGCGGACAGCAGAGUCAUUGUUGAACCAGCCUUUUGCAGAGAUGCUUCCCUUCAGGCUAAACAUGAACGGAAUGGCUCGGAGUUCUAGCUGUGCCGAUCUUUCGCCGCCACCGCCUACAUUUUAAUGUCCGAUAGGAAUUAGUGACAAAUUGUCUUAUUUGAUGUAUUCGACGUGAAGCUGUUUACUUUUCCGGCACUUUGUAGAACUUGUUCCACUUUGUUCCAGAUGUAAGCUCUCGGUGCUGGUUGAGUAUUUGAAAAGUGAAAACUGUUGACAACACUAAAAUGUCACACGUUACUGUCAGUAAUAAACACAAACGUUGUCAUGUU